AUGGCGGCGUCUCCGCCGUGCUGCUUGCGGCUGGAGGCCACGCGGGGCCCGCACAGCGGCAGCGUGCACCGCUACUGCUACAAAGACCACGCAGCCCCAUCACCGUCUUCACUUGCGCGCGCGCUGUCCAUUGGCCGGAAGAAGCGCUGCUGGCUGCGUCUGCCCAAGGACUUGGAGGUGUCGAGCGUCCACGCCGAAUUCCGCCUCGUACAGAGCGGGACGGGCGUUGCGCUGCGCGACGUCAAGAGCACGAACGGGACCAAACUUAAUGGCAGCCCGCUGAAGCCUCUGCAGGACUAUCCGCUGAGUGACGGAGACCAGGUGGCAGUGGGCAGGACCAGCCUGCGGUUCGUGAAGGUUGUGCACGGCUCGCAGUGUGGGGAGGACGGAGAAGUUGAUACUGCUAGUGUUAAUGCUAGUUCUGCUAUUGCACCUGCGAGUGGCUCUGUACUAACGUCAAGUGCUUCCUCCUCAGUGGCUCAACCUGCAGCAGCGCCCGUGGUGAUUGUGCUGGACGACGAGUCAGCGGAGGAGAGAGAGGAGUCUGCUGCUGCUUCAGCUUCAGCUUCCGUCUCUGCGUCAGCUUCGGCCUCGGCUUCUGCUGCUGGACCGGGCGAUACUGACAAUCGUGCUGAUCAACCUGAUACAGAGCCUGCGUAUGACGACUUGGUGCCCAAACCGCUCAAUAGCGUGGUGGGUAGUGAUGACGAGGAGGAGAGCAAGAAGGACGACGUUGAAUCAAGUUUGAAAAAGAAGUCGAAGGGUGAUAAGGAAGUUAAAUGCAGAACUGGAGGUGUGGAUGAAUCUACGCCCGAGGAAGCGACGUGUACCGUGUGCAAAGCGACGAUCGGACUGUUGGAUCUGCUCGAGCAGCAAGCGCACCUUAACGAGUGUCUAGGCGGUCGAGUUGCGGUCAAAGCUACAAGUGCGGAAGAAGUAAAGCCGAAGUCACGGAAGCGUGCGAAUGCUGCAGGCGGUGCCAUCCGGGCCAAGAAACCGAGAAAGCCGAAGGCAGGAGAUGGUGCAGGCGACGACGCUGCCGCUGUACCCAAGCCAAGAAAGCCCAGAAAGAGAAAGCGAGCUAAUGCUGGAGAAAGUAUAGAGCUAGCUCUGGCGCUGAAUGGCAAUCCGAAGAUGAAUAAGGAACAGCAGACGGACAUGCAGCUUAAAGCGACGAAGAAGAAACUGGAGGAGCUCGACGCUCAAAUGGCGAAACUUGCUAAAAGGAGAGUGAACCUCGUGAAAACGUUGAAUAGAUUGGAGAGGGCGAAGGAAAAACUACGGAAGUCCCAAGUGCUCCCUCCAGGCAAGGUGACAAAAUUCCUGGAUCUGAAGGCAGCGUUAGAUGCGAUAUUCCCAGGCGACCGGGAGGCGCACCCAGUACAUCGAUAUACAAGCGACAAAGAGGCAGAAGGUGGUUCCGUCGUGGCGAAGCGGUAUGCUCCGAGUAAGUGGAGCGAGGCUGAAGAUGCUAUGGAUUUUGACGAAGACAAGCAAGCUGAAUUAGCGGCGGUGGCUGCGAUUUCCAUGUGGGCACGCGCUUCCCAGCAGCUUUUUGGUCUGCAGCGCGAUACGCUGCUGUACCGCAACAGCGUGCUGCGGACAUUUCUUGACGAUCAUGACGAUGUGAACGACGAUAGCUUUGACUUGGGUAACGUCGACAGCGCUGAUAACGACGACGAAGAUGCAGAGCUCGAGCGCGAAAUUGACUCGGAGGCUAGAGCAGAAACCGUGUCCGCUUCUGAGAGUGUUGAUGCCACCUCUAGGUGGACUCCUAGUGUCAAUGACGAUGUACCAGUUGUCGUGAAGCGCGUGUUCCCCAACUGGCAGCGUGACAUGGCAUUCUUGCAGGACCAGACUGCGGAGGAGCUCGAGAUGGCGCUUGAGGCGAUGAAUGAAGCGGUGGCGCAGGUCGAAGAGGUUGUGGCUGACGAUGUUGAAAAGAACCCAGGUGAAGACAUUGAGAUCAAAGCUAACGAGGAGUCUGUGCCGACUGAGUCAGCGAUUUCCAGCUCGAAAGAUCAACCACCGACUGGGACCGAGCAGCGACGUGCCUGCGGGUACAUGGCCCAAGUAAUGACGCAACUCAUCGCCGAGAAGAGGAAAUGCGCAGUGCUCUCGAACGCACAGCCUGAUGAUGAACUCCAGAAGCAAUAA